AUGGUGGAUCAGGGUGUAUGCGAUUUCUCGGGUUCCAUUGUUGUUAGAGUGGACGCGGAAAUUUUUUGUUUCCUCUUGGCUAAUUCAUUUGUCAACCUCACUAAGUGGUUUCAGUUGUCUUCACCUCCCUCAGAGGCCACUAAAGAUUUAGUUGCGGAGGGAAAUGACAGAGGCCGCGUGGGCUUUUUCUUGGAUCAAGGCGUACAGUAUAUAGGAAGCGGUUUAAUCACUGUUUAG